UUCUUGGUUUCCUAAUUUCUCCACAAGGCAAUUGGUAUGAGUCUUUUUCCUGUUUGGCUCACUUUAGGAAUGCAUAGAUGUUUUGACAGUGUACAGCCUCCUAAGAUGUGUUUUGAGCAGUAUUCAUGAGGUGUGACUGACUGCUCAUCACCCUAACAACAAAGAAAAAAUCCCAAAGGAUCUGCAUGAUUCGUUGAAUCCAACUCAUAGGACAUGCGGUCUCCCCCCCCCCCCCCCCCACCCAAAAAAAAACUUUUAACACCUGUCUAUUAAGAAUUUUAUUUGAAAAAAAAAAGAAAAUAAUUUAUUUUUAUUAUAUUUUCUUUCUAUAUCAAAUCUUAUUAUGAAUGAGAAUUUGUUCUAAUGCGAUCAAAAAAUAAGAGAAAUUAAACCCUAGUGAUGUAAAGGUAAAAUUUUGUUUGUUCAAUUACUAUUACUAUUAUUUUUCACUUUUUGAGAUAGCUAAACAUGAAAUAGUGAAUUAUUUUAUUCAUGUUUUCUUUUUUAUUGUUCUAAUGUGUUUCAAGUUUUAAAUAAGGUUUUAAGAGUACAGAUUUGGAAUGAUGACUUGUGGUAGAGUCAAAUUUUUUGGGGUGAAGGGGGUCAUAUAGCCAAUUACAUUCAAAAGACUUGGCAUAGGAACCUCUUCAGAUGUCUGUUUAUGUACAUUUUUUAAUCUAUGUAAGAAAUUGAACCUUGAACGCCUUAUUAUGUAUAUAGAUACAUUUAUAUAUAUUAUUAGGUAUAAUUUUUAAAGGGAGCAAGGAUACUCUCUCAUACUUUGAAGGGAAAAAAUAGAUUUUCAUGCUAUAAAUAUCUAAAAUAAAAUAAAAUUUUAUGUGAACUUAGAGAAACUCUAUGCAAACAAUUUAUCUAUAUAUGUGUGUGUGUGUGGGUGUGUGGGAAAGAAGAUUAACUUUAUAACAUGCUUCAUAUUAGUCUUACUGGACCACUUUAAGAAUGGAUGAAAUCUGUCUUGUCUCUUCAUGGAUUUUUGGAUUAAAUAUUGAUAUCCAUGUUUGCCUUUUGAAAACAAAGGACCUUCUGCAUAAUUUUUCCCUCUGCCAACUGUAAAGAAGGAAAGGUGAUAUGAACUUGCUCCUCUUUUUCUUUCUUUUUUUCUUUCUUUUGACAUGACGUAAAUUUAUUAUUAUUUUUAAAUGUGAGAUUGUUAGUGGAUUUUUGGACAAGUACUUAAUUUUAAGGUAGCAAGUAUACUAUGAAUACUCACACAAUAAGUCAAACGGAGCUUAAUAUCCUGAUUUUCUGUUGCUUGACCCUAUAUUUACUAAUUGAUUUUUAAUUUGACAUUUUAUUUGUUAGAGAUUUGUUGAUCAUUGUAUUUUUAGCCAUCAUUUAAUUAGAAAUUUUAUAAAAAUCAGCGCUAUAUCUAUGUGUAUUUGUAGAGAUUAUCUUUUAUUGUAUUUUUUUCCUUUUAAGAAAUUUGUUAUAAAUUCAUAGUCAUCAUCAUGCACUACUAACUAUAUAGUUUUUUGUUAAUAUUUAUUCUAUUUUUUUAAUAAUUUAUAUAUAUAUAUAUAUUUAAAUAGUAAAUUUAGAACUGUGGAGCACACACAUACUAUUUAUCUGUCUAUCUCAUGACUCAUGCAUCAUGUGUGAUCUCUCAAUGCACAAAAUAGUGAAUUAAUUAUUGUGACUAAACAAAAAUCUAAGUCCUUGUCAGCCUUGAAGGAAGAGAAGAGCACUGCCUAUGCAGCAAAAAGACUCCCAUAAGCUAACCAUGGUUGGCAAAGUAACCAUAUCGUAAUCCCCAAGUUUUCGCUUUUCAGGUGCUAUAUAUACAAAUCAUUCCCAAUGGCGCCCUCUCCACACAAAAGUUAUCCUCUUUGACAUUUUCACUCCUAACAUGAACUCUUUCAUGCUGCCAACCCUCUUCAACUUUCUACUCUCAUGCUUGGGAGCCACCCACCAAAGCACUACUUCUCCAUGGCUUCUCCCACUCCUCUUCUCCAUCCUCUUUCUCUUCUCUUUCCUCCCCAAGUUUUGGCUAGUUCCUGGAGGCUUCGCAUGGAGAAACCACUGCCAAACUUCCCCGAACCUUCGUGGGCCGAUGGGCUGGCCUUUGGUGGGCCUCUUGCCCCAAAUGGGCUCGCUUGCCCAUCGCAAACUAGCAUCCAUUGCCACUUCUUUUGGCGCAAGUGCUACUAGACUCAUGGCAUUUAGCUUGGGUGCAACUCGAGUGAUUAUUAGCAGUCACCCUGAGACUGCCAAAGAGAUACUAACUAGUCCUUCAUUUUCCGACCGUCCAUUGAAGGAAUCAGCCCGCUUGCUCAUGUUUGAGCGGGCUAUCGGCUUCGCACCCUCCGGCAAUUACUGGCGCCACCUCCGAAAGGUUGCGGCAACCCACAUGUUCUCGCCAAGGAGGGUUUUGGGCCUCGAGGGGCUUCGACAGCGAUUGGCAGAUGAGAUGGUGGCAAGAGUGGGGAGGGAAAUGGAGGAGAGAGGGGUUGUGGAGUUGAGAGGGAUUUUACAAGAGGGUUCGUUAAGUAACAUCAUGGAGAGUGUGUUUGGGAGUGCUCUAAAGGAAAGGAGAAGAGAGGAGUUGGGUGCUAUGGUAAAGGAAGGGUAUGUGAUAAUAGUGGAGUUCAAUUGGGAAGACUAUUUUCCCGAAAUAAGAUUUAUGGACUUUCAUGGGGUGAAAAGGAGGUGUCACAAGUUGGCAGCUAGGAUUAAUGAAGUUGUUGGUGAGAUUAUAAGAGAAAGGAGAAGAGAGAUUGGAGAGAUGGUGAUGAGUGGUGGUGGUGGUGGUGAUUUUUUGAGUGUUUUAUUGUCUCUGUCACAAGAGGAACAACUGAGUGAUUCAGACAUGGCAACUGUCUUGUGGGAGAUGAUAUUCCGAGGAACAGAUACAGUUGCUAUCCUUCUUGAAUGGAUCAUGGCCCGUAUGGUUUUGCACCCAGACGUCCAAGCCAAAGCCCAGCACGAGCUCGACGCGUGCGUCGGCAGCCACAGGCACGUGCGAGAUUCCGACGUCCCAAAGCUACACUACCUUCAGGCCAUAGUGAAGGAAGUCCUCCGGCUGCACCCUCCGGGCCCGUUGCUCUCGUGGGCGCGCCUUGCCAUUCACGAUGUCCACGUGGACAAGGUGUUCAUCCCAGCUGGGACCACGGCAUUGGUCAACAUGUGGGCCAUAGCCCACGACCCGUCCAUUUGGAAAGACCCAUGGGCCUUCAGGCCCGAGCGAUUCAUCGAGGAGGACGUUUCGGUCAUGGGCUCGGACCUCAGGCUGGCGCCGUUCGGGUCGGGUCGGCGGGUUUGCCCUGGCCGAGCACUAGGCUUGGCCACCGUUCAUCUAUGGCUAGCGCGGCUUCUCCACCGGUACAAAUGGCUUCCGGUCCAGCCCGUGGAUCUCUCAGAAUGCUUGAGGCUCUCACUUGAGAUGAAGAAGCCAUUGGCUUGUUGCGCGGUUUUCCGUCAAGCCGUCUGCAACCUCUGAGGUAGCACGACGAAGAGAUUAUAGAAUAAACAAACCUCUCCACGUCGCCAUGCAUCCAGCACUAUUCGGGUAAAACUAUCACGUAACAAUCACAAGAACAUGCACGGGAUGCGUGAUCGAGUAGAGGAAUCGAUUUAUUGUAUAAUUUUUUAGGAAGAAGUGUUUAAUUGUUAUUACAAAAUGCAUAAUUGUAAAGAAGAGUGAUGAGCUAAGGGCAUGGUUGAGCACUUGUAAUUAAGCCCAAAGAUGGUAUGAGAGAGUGCAACAGUUUGCAGAAGCUGUGAAUUAUUGCUCUUCUACUACUUGGUGAGGGUGUCAAGUGUGUUUUAAGUUCAAGAAAAUUCCAGAACUAGUGGCAUAGCAUUCCACGGAAGUAAUAAAAUAGUAUUUUCGGCA